CUAUGGUUGCGCGGCGGCCGAAAGUAUAAAAAGUGCAAGCAGAACAGACCUCUUGGCUCUUGUUCGUCCAGAUAGCAUGUUUUUAAAAUGGCGUAAACAUAGAGACAUUUACUUCUAAUACAAAGAUUAACUAAAAUUAAACGAAUGUGCAACGAUGAUAAUCCGAAAAAAGAUAUGGCCACGAACUAUCGGCGAUUUGGUGUCGAUGAUCUUCGUGUUGAUCAUAGUGCCUCUUAUGUACUGGUUCGGAUUAUGGAUAGUGCUACCGGCAUUAUACAAGAACGAGAUUCUAUUGUACUCCCUCCAUUUCGUCCUCGGUACUUUCAUCAUGUUGAACAUUGUAGGUAAUUUCACGUACACAGUAUUAUGCGACACCAGCAUCAAGAGGUGCAUAGUGCCUGUAAGCACGGCGGAAGUUGCGGACGGAUGGAGGCUGUGUGCCAUCUGCGAGUGCCUCUCGCCGCCGCGAUCCUGGCACUGCAAUAUCUGCGACACUUGCAUCCUGAAGCGGGAUCACCAUUGCGUGUUCACCGGAUGCUGCGUGGGCUACCACAAUCACAGAUACUUCGUCAUGUUUCUGUGGUAUUUGUUCCUCGGCGCGGCGUAUGCCUUCUCCUACGGCAGUUUUUUCAUCUGGACUAGAAUAUCCUUCGAAUUCCCGAUGUCUAUCAUUAAGAUGGUCUUUCCCGUGGCGAUCUUCUUUUUCGGUUUUGACAGUUCCAUCGAUCAAUUUUACUUAUUGCUGUAUAUCGUGUCAACAGUGGGUACUCUGUAUACUGGAGUGUUGUGCUUUUAUCACUUUAAUUUGAUUCUCAGAGGCAUCGUAGGUCAUGAGAGCAAUAAGAAAGAUUUUACAUACAAUAUGGGUUGGAAGGACAAUGUUAAAGAGGUAUUUGGAGAACGAUGGUAUUUGACAUGGUUGCUUCCUUAUAUUAAAUCACAGUUACCCCAUGAUGGAGUCUCAUGGCAUUAUUUGUGUUCAAAAAAAGAUUGAAAAUCGUUUUGAUUGAGUGUUACAUAAUUUUUUACAAAAAAUUUUACAAAAAUAUCAGUGAUAUUUUAAUUAUUGAGAUAGCAAAAAUUAAUUCAACAGUUGAAUGCAUCUCAUUUUUAACCAGAAAUUAAGGUUAUCAAUUAUCUUGCUAUAGUGUUAACUAUAUAUCAUACAUAAAAUCUUGAACUAUUCUUCAUAACUGCUGUAAAUAAGAAAUUUAUAUCUGUAAUUAAUGGAUAAGAUUAUAUUAUUUUAUUAAAUUGUGUACACAGACCAUUACAGAUAAAUUCUUUCACACUACAUCUAAAGCGCUAUGUAUAUAUUGAUAAUUAUAUAUUAAUAUAAUUAUGUAUAAUAUAUAAAUAUUAAUUGUAUCUCUCUUCUUGUGUGUUUUAAAAUUAGAUAAAUAUAAAAAACUUUCAAAUUUUUUUCUAAUUUUCUUAAUUGUAAUUUUAUUAUUUGAUAAGAGAGGAAAAUCUAAUCACAUUCAGAAGAUGAUUUCAAAAAUGAAAUAUAUCGAGUAUUACUGUGUUUAAACACAGCAAGAAUAUAUAUUUAAUUGUACAUUAUAUUUUAUUAUAAAAAUCUGUAUAAGAAAGAUGAUAACUUAUUAUAAUAUACAUGAAUAAUAAAGAACUAAUUUCUU